GUUACAACUAUGUUCAUAGGCAGUUGAUUGUCUCCAGCGAAAGUGGCGACGAAAUGCAUCACAGUGAAGCAGGGUGCCUGAAAGUCAAGUCUGAGUCCGAGACAAAAUUUGAAGCGAUAGAAAUGGGUUCUUACAGCGUCUGCGUCCAUCCUCUAUGAUCGAAUCGCACGUCGGAGCAGCUUCUCCAUGAAAAACUCUGCAACUCUCUACAGGCACUUUAGAAACAACAGGAGGAAGAUGAUGGUGAGCAGAAGAAUUCAUCCCUGUCAUCAUCAUCGGAUCAACAACAAUCCCUACAUGAAGAAGGAGUUGAUCAGAGGAAAGAUUGAUACUUAUCAUGUGUUGUGUGGUAGGCCUGCCCUGGAUUUCACAUUAGAUGAGGAGCAACACAGCCUGGCUGUAUGGGCCAGAGACUGCAUCGAAGAAGGUAAGAUUGAUCGAAUCAUUGAUCCCAGUUUGAGGGGUCAAACCACAGCUAGUUGUCUGAAUGAAUUUGCACAAAUUGCAUAUGAAUGUAUGCUUAGUUCUUCAAAGAAUCGACCCACAAUGACUAAGGUAGUGGCUCGGCUAGAAUUUGUGUUGGCAUUGGGGUCACAAAAACAUGGGGGAGUGACAAUUGCUGAAAAGGUGUGGGCGCUGUUCUCUAUUCCAGCAGUGCAUGCUAAAAAUUACAGAAGUAGACAAAAGUGGAGCAAUGACAACAAAAGUAAACGGAUCAUACUAGGCAAAGCAAUGACAGAAGAGAAUAACAAUGAAGGUAAAGAUAAUGGUAUGACUUUAGUACAUCCCACUAAGACAGCAUCAGAGGGGAGCAAUGAAAACAUAAAUAAAAGUGUGACAAUGUUGAAGGAACAGUCAUCAAGUAGUCAGAUGGCGACACAGAAAUUGAUGAUAUUCACAUUAGAUGAGUUGUGGAGAGCCACCGGGAAAUUCUUGCCACCACCAAUUCUUGGAGUUUCGGAUCGUGUGUCAGUCUAUAAAGGGUGGGUGACUAGUGCAUCAUACACACCAUCAGCAUUUGAUGUCCCAGAAGCCAUCAUGAUCAAGAAUUUAAACACAAAUGUUGCUAAAAAUCGCGAUAAGUGGCAGGCAGAAGUGGAAUAUAUGGGAAAAUUUAGCCACCCAAAUGUUGUUAAACUCCUUGGAUAUGGAUGGGGCAGUAAUGAAAUUCAUCUUGUUUAUGAAUAUUCAGAAAAAGGGAGCUUGUAUAUGCAUCUCUUCGGCAAAGAUGCAGAACCACUUCCAUGGGACAAAAGGAUUAAAAUAGCCUUGGGAGCAGCUCAAGGCCUUGCUUUCAUGCACACGGAAAUGUAUGUCAUUUGCAGGGAUGUGAGAUCCUCAAACAUUUUGUUAGACGGGGAGUUCAAUGCAAAGAUCACAGAUUUUGGAGAGGGAGGGUUUAAUCCGGUCAGUGGAGAGUCUCCUACAUCAUACAACGACGGUUAUGUGGCUCCUGAGUAUCUAGCCACUGGGGUUACAUUGACGAAGGCUAUGAUAUUGCAACUAACUACAGGGUGGUUAUAUCUGAAGAGCGAUGUUUAUGGUUUUGGAGUGGUGAUGCUAGAGAUAGUUACAGGGUUACGUGCAGUUGGUUCUGUUGAAACAAGUUUAUCCAUCGAAAGCUGCAAUGAAAGUAGCUCAACUCAUCAUGACACUGACUACCGGCCUUCAAUGGAGAAAGUGGUGGCACGGUUAGAGGAGAUCAACUCAAUUAAAAUAAUACCAGAGACGUGUUAA